CAGAAUAAUUAAAGCCCGGAAGAUUAUCACAGAAACGGUGGAGAGUAUUCAGAAAAUUCCAUACUGCGGCCGCAGAGGAACCUACUACAGUCGGAGAGCUGAGGAGCUUCUGAGAAGCUGCAAGUGUCUGAUGGACGAAAUCGCCAAGAUCUCAACGCUACAGUAGAGUUAACCUUUUAAAUUGUGACCUCUGUUAAAAUGGGUAGCCAGCAACUGAGAAAUGCAUUGAAUGAAAUUGUUGAAGCUGUGAAUGAACUCCGUAAUUUCCCUGUAUACCCUGCAACCGAAUUUCUCAAUCUAACCCCAAAUUCCCCCCUCAGAACUCAGGGUCCAGAUUUGGAUCUUGAACGUUUACUAUCUGUAGAACGAGCCAUCGAACGAUUAAAUGAUUCUUUCUCUCAACCAUACUCGCUUGAAAAUAAUUCCUUAGAGUUUCAACAGCAAGUUACAAACGCUUUACACGAAAUCACACAAAUGGUUAAUGACCUUCAAAAUCUUCCUGUUCAGCAUGUGCCUGGUUCUUUCAAUGUAGCUCCACAUUCACCGUCCAGGUUAGAACAAGCGAUUCAUCAAUUAAACGUUUCUCUCUCUCAAACAUUUAGCCCUAAUCCUACAAACCUUCAGUAUGAGCAACAUGGGGGUAGUCUUGUAGAAAACGUUGAACAUAUUCCCUCAGGUUCUUUGAAUCAUGCUUCGCAAAAUCCCUCAUCCAACCAGCCUCAUCAGCCAAGCCUCAUUGCACCCAACCUCCCCACACUCGAUCGAGCAGAUCAACCGUGCACUAGUCAUGGAGAGCGAGUUGUAAACAGCUCUGAACAUACCCAACAAACUCAGAGAGAGCGAGAAGGUUUCAAUGUUACAGAAAUAAGACGUCCUUUCAACGUCAUUGCCUCGCGAGCCGGCGACGCUCCCAACCCCGCUGAAUUUUACACACAAGUGUAUCACAUUCUCACAGAGCUCGCAGAGUCAGCUGCUCGUUUGGCCUCUCGUAGCGAUAUUAUCCAACUAGAAUUGAGCGGAGAAGGAUUUUCUCAUCACGCCGUCGUUCAAGUAAAUGAUGAACGUGAUUCAAUUCUGCCUGCAUUUCUGGAAUUUUUAGAGGAGCUAACGCAGUCAAACGCGGAAUUGCCGGAUCCAAACAACUUAGAAAUGAUUGUUCAGGUUGUAAGAAACCCUCAUGGAGGUGUCAAACGUAAAGCCGAAAAAACAUUGGACUGUGAACUGAUUCGUAAAAAACGUCAACAUUUGUAUAUCGUCGCCAAUCGUUCUGAUCAGCUCUGUUUUUCAAUCAGUCUUGCCCAUCUAUGUAACCCUGCUUUUACAGACGCCCAAGCCGUGCAGCAAGCUGUACUUUGGCAACGCACAGCGGGCCUCACAGAGCAAACCCCCGUCACUUUCAGCGAUGUGCAGAAAUUUGAAAAGAUUGUCAACAGGAAAAUUGUGGUUUUCUAUAAAGACGGUAAGGACGCAAUGCUUCGUAAAUUCCAGACUGACUUUUCCGAUCGUUCAAAUCCGCUUUUUCUACUUCUGUUCAAAAAUCAUUACUAUGGAAUAAAAAGUCUCACAGCAUUCACAGGUUCUAAGUACAUUUGCAACUACUGCUUUACCGGUUUCCGAAACAUCAACAGGCAUAACUGCGAGGGUCGUUGUUCAGUUUGUCUCGAUCCAAAAUGUACUCUCCAACGGUACAACUCUGUACAAUGCACAGAUUGUAACCGAAUCUGUCGUAAUUCAUUCUGCCUUGAUAAGCACAAACAGCCCACACUGAGACCUAACCUCGGGAAGCAUGUGAGUAACUGCGAAACGACUAAAUACUGUCCUGUUUGUAAAAGGCUAUAUGAUCUAGCAGCAGGUGGGGGUAGCAAGCCUCACGAGUGUUCAAUAAAAUGCACGAUCUGUCGUCAGAAAGUCCCUAGCGGUGUUGAUGUAACGUUAAACGAGCACCAGUGUUACAUUCAACCCACACUGACAGACCCUGAACUCGGAAAUAAACUGUUUUUUUACGAUUUUGAAACGUUUACAGAUCAAACUGGGAGACACAUCCCAUUCCUUGUCUACACAAAAACUUUGGCGGGGGAAGUUUGGUACUCUUACGGCCUGAACUGCGUCAGGGAUUUUCUGCUCCAUUUUAGAAAACCUUGUUAUAAAGGUUACACUUUCCUAGCUCACAACAGUCGUGGGUUUGACUCUUACUUGGUUCUGAGUGUAAUGGUUGAAUUGGGCAUUAAACCACAUUUAAUAACACAGGGAAGUAAAGUUCUCUUUUUUACCGAGCCUGAUUACGCUCUUAAAUUCAUCGACAGUCUUUCAUUCCUUACGAUGAAACUCAGCCAAAUGCCGAAAGCAUUGGGAUUUAACGAUCACUGUAAAGGGUUUUUCCCUCACUUGUUCUCCUCUGAGAAGACUUUAAACUACAUGGGUCCGCUUCCUCCCCCCUGCUUCUACGGGGUAGAUCGCAUGAACCCUGCCGAACAGGAUCGGUUUUACACUUGGUACAACGAGGCUUGUAAAUACACGGUGAGUUACUUUCACUUUCUGAACGAUGACAUGUGUAUGAUUCAGUGGAAAUACAACAAGCGAUGCAUCUCUCCCCCCAACAAGGAGCGCGUUUUGUACAUUGACACAGACAGCCUGAUCUACGUGGUUAAACCGGGUCAGACCUCCCUCGAGCUGGGAAAUUAUUUGGGUGAUUUAACGGAUGAGCUGGGAGUUCAAACGUUUGACUCCGUCAGAGCCUUCUAUCAGACAGACGGCUGA